AUGAGUAUUACUAUAUUUGUAGUGUUUUCGAUAUGGAUUAUCUCAGUUGCAUCCGAUAUAUCUGAUAAUAAUAAUGUUCCAAAAAUACAGCCUUUCAAUUUUCCACCGAAUUUGUCUGUAGGACAAAAAACAAAAUUUCUCUGUACUUUGGUUGAAGGUGCUGAUCCUGUAAAUUUUCGGUGGUUUAAAGAUGGUCAAGAAAUUACUUCUAAUAAAAACAUUGAAAUUACUUAUCAUAAAGACAUGUCUAUUCUCUUAAUAAAUAGUAUUAACAUUAAUGAUGCUGGUAACUAUACUUGUACUGCAAGUAACAAUUUUGGAUCUACAAAUCAUACAAGUUUAUUAGCUGUAGAAGCACCUCCAAGAUGGCUUAUGGAACCUCAAGAUAUUGAUGUCAAAGUAGGAGUUUCUAUUCAAAUCGAAUGUUUUGCUGCAGGAUAUCCAACACCAAAGAUAGUUUGGAAGAAAAUAUCCGAAACUGGCAAAAGAAUAGAAUCAUUAGGUAUACAAUAUGGAAACUCUACGCUUACAAUAUCAAGUGUAGAAUCAGAAGAUGGUGGAAAUUAUGUAUGUAAAGCCGAAAAUGAAAUUGGUCAAAUUCAAAAAGUCAUUCGCGUGACAGUACUUGGUAAGAUAUUCAUUAAAAUUUUUAAAAAUGGAAUGAUGAUUGCUGAUUAA